AUGUCUAGCUUAGCAGUACAACCAUUUGAAUCACGUCUAUUAUUUAUAAGUGGUGAUCAGUCUGGUGUAGGAAAAUCGAGUAUUGCCAUGGGAAUAUUAGCCAUGUUGUUAAAAUCUGGUAGUUAUAUAUCUUCUGAACUUGCCUAUAUCAAACCGUGCACUCAAUGUGAGGAUGUUCAAUUAGUUUGUAAAUAUUGUCAAAUAAAUUCAAUAGCUCAUCAAAGUCUAGGACCAAUUAUCUUCUAUCAGGGUUACACACAACAAUGUAUUGAUGGCACUGCACCUGAUACAGUGAAUGAAAGACAUGAAAAAAUAAAGCAAGCUGUAACAGAAAUUAGUAAAGGAAAAAAAUUAGUAUUAGUCGAUGGCGUGGGAUAUCCGGCGGUGGGCUCUGUUUGUGGAGUUUCUAAUGCUGAUGUUGCUUUAUUAUUACAAGCUCCCAUAUUAGUUGUCGGACGACCAGGUAUUGGUAAUGCAAUUGAUUCAAUGAAUUACAUCAUCGCGUAUUUCAAUACCCAUUCAGUAACAGUAUUAGGUGGUUGCUGGAAUAAAAUACCGGAUGAUAACAAUAGAACAAAACAUUAUGUUACAAAAUAUUAUCGACAGAAUAAAGAUUAUUCACAUUUCAGUUGUUAUGGUUUCAUUCCAAUGACAAACGAUCAAAAAAAAUACCCCGCCGAUAAUGCUGAAGUGAAUAAUAAAGGUUUAAGCUGUCGAUUGAAAAUAUCAGAAACAGACAUGCAUUUGACUGAGAAAGAAAAAUUAAUCUGUGAUGUUAUUAUUGAGAGUGUAGAAGCGAAUUUUGAUCUAAAGAUGUUACUAGAAGAUUUAGAGCGAUAUUAUACCACAAAAUUUCAAUGCACAUGA